AUGUCCGCCCUCUCCCCAGAAUCUCUUCGAGACGUUAUCCUCCAGUCCCUCGACAGAUCUGCCGAAAUCCCCGACUCUAGGGAGCUUGCCUGGGAUGGCAAGCUGCUGAAAACCGCGGAGGAGCAAGCCGUCGUCAGGGCUGCCCUUGAUAGUCUGGCAAGCAAGGAGAUGGUCGAAUACAAGCAAAUCACCACCACCAGCUACUCUUUGACAGAAGAAGGCGACGGCAUUGUAUCAAAUGGCUCCCACGAAUAUAGAGUAUGGCAGGUUCUUCCCGUCAAGGGCCAAGGCGAGCCUGUCGGCGUUCCCGACCUCAAAAAACUGUUGGGAGAUGAAACUACCAAGGUCGGACAGAUGAGGGCGUUCAAGAACAAGUGGAUAGCAAAGGACGGAGCUGGCUUUGUUCGAGCGGCUGAGGCUCCCGUGGAUGAGACAUUGAACGUGAUCAAGGAGAUCAAGGAGACGGGAAUUGUUCCCGGAGGAGAGGCUGCCGCAAAGGAGUUGCAAAAGCGCAAGCUGAUCACCCCCAAAAAACACAUCCACUACUCUAUCAGCAAGGGUCCUCAGUUCUCUACCGAAGUCAAGCAGCUCGAAACCGACCUUACUGUUGAGAUGCUCCAAUCCGGCGCCUGGAAGUCUUCCGACUUUAAACAAUACAACUUUGCCGCCACCGGUGUCCCCACCGACGGAGGUGCCCUCCACCCCCUCCUCAAAGUCCGUGAAGAGUUCCAAAAGAUCUUCUUCGACAUGGGUUUCACCGAGAUGCCUACCAACAGGUUUGUCGAGUCUGCGUUCUGGAACUUUGAUGCCAUGUUUGUGCCGCAGCAGCACCCUGCUAGAGAGAUGCAAGAUACCUUCUACGUCAAAAACCCUGUGAAGGCCCUCAAGCCCGACUCGGAGUACUACGAGCGCGUCCGCAAGAUCCACGAAGAAGGCGGUUUCGGCUCCAUCGGCUACCGUGCCCCCUUCAACCAGGACGAGUCAGAGAAGCUUCUAUUGCGUACGCACACCACCGCCGUCACGACCGACAUGCUUUACAAGCUCGCCAACCAGCCGGGAGGUUUCAAGCCUGCCAAGAUGUUCUCCAUCGACCGAGUUUUCAGAAAUGAGACUGCCGAUGCUACGCAUUUGGCAGAGUUCCACCAGGUCGAAGGUCUCGUCGCCGACUACGACAUCACCCUCGGUCACUUGAUCGCUUUCAUGCAAGAGUUCUUUGGCAAGACCGGCAACACCAAGCUGAGGUUCAAGCCCGCUUACAACCCCUACACCGAGCCCAGUAUGGAGGUGUUCUCUUGGCACGAUGGUCUUGGUAAAUGGAUUGAAAUUGCCAACUCUGGUAUCUUCCGCCCCGAAAUGCUCGAACCGAUGGGUCUCCCCAAGGGCGUCCGUGUCCUCGGCUGGGGAAUGUCUCUCGAACGCCCUACGAUGAUCAAGUACAAGAUCCAAGAUAUCAGGACUUUGGUCGGGCACAAGACGGAUUUGGACCAGGUCAAGAAGAGGCCGGCGGUGAGGUUGGAGAAGGGAGAUGACUAG